UCCCCUCUCCUCCGACGAAUAAAGCCACCAUUCCCCCCUCGCUCCCUCCUCCCACUCCCCCUCUCGCCAAUCCUUCUCCCUGCACCGCCUUCCUGCGCAGCGGCGCCAAGGUUCCUUCGGAUUCUUCUCCUUCUCCUGCUCUCCGACCUCUCCUGCUCGGCCCCUUCCUCUUCCUCGGGAGCGAGCGAGCGAUUCCGAUCGCCGCGGCCGUGGAGAGCGGCGGGCGCGCUCGGCCUCGCGCGGGGACGAAGGAGGAGGACGAGGCGCGUGGGCGCGGAGGGGCCAUGGGCGGGCACAGGGUGGAGGACGGCCGGCCGCCGUCCAAUCUGCAGCGCUUCCUCGACUGCACCACCCCGACAGUCGACACGCACAUUCUCCCCAAGACCAAUGGCCGGCUGUCCAAUGACGCGUGGCACCAUGCCGACGCCGACAGCGUCGAGUACUUCAACCUCGCCGACCUGUGGGAGCAGUACUACGAGUGGAGCGCGUACGGCGCCGGAGCCACCGUGCAGCUGCACGGAGGGGACAAAGUGGUUCAGUACUACGUCCCGUACUUGUCAGGGAUACAGCUAUACACCAACAAAGUCCUGAAUGCGUCCAGGAGUUUUGGUGAGGAUUAUGGCAUGGACUUCUGGAGCGAUGAUGACGACAAUGAGAAGAUGUCAAGAUCCUGGAGUUCAACAUCUGACGACUCAUUUAACUGCGACGUGGUAGGGGGGAACAGGAGGCGACCUGGCCAUUUGUACUUUGAGUUCUUUGAAGUUUGCUCUCCUUAUGGAAGGAUCCCACUCAUGGAUAAGGUAUAUGAACUAUCCCAGGGCUUUCCCGGGUUGACAUCGCUGAAGAGUGUCGACCUUUCGCCUGUCAGUUGGAUGUCAGUUGCCUGGUAUCCUAUCUACCACAUUCCCUACCAACGCAAUGUGAAGGACUUGUCUGCGUGCUUCCUAACUUACCAUACCAUUUCCUCUUCAUUUCAAGAUCACACACCGGAGACCAUGACCUAUGGCUCAGCUGCCAGUGGGAAACAGAAUGACCAGAAGGCCAACACUGUAUCACUAGCCCCGUUUGGACUCGCAGCAAACAAGAUACAGGGCUCUCUGUGGACCAACCCCCGGACAGGAGAUCAUAAGAGGAUCGUCUCCCUCUUCGGCGCAGCAGACUCCUGGCUUAAGCAGCUUGGAGUCCGGCACCAUGACUUCAACUACUUCGUCACUCACCCCAUGUGAACUACUAAUUUGCCCCCGCAGACUUGAAAUCGUCGAAACUGCUUACACCACCGACAAGGGGCACAAACCAUCUACCGUGUAUCGCCCUCGUAAAAGUUGAGUCUAACAUUCGUGGGAUAGGUUUAUACGGCUUGAUUGCAGCACAUAACAAAUGUAUCAGGACUUGAAAGGUUUUGUGUUUCUUGGCUGAAGAUGUAACUAAUGUGCACAGAAGUUUUGGUACUAGUCUGAUAUAUCCAGCUCUUGUGGUUGGGUGCAUAUUGUAGCUACCUGCCUCGCCAUGUGUACUCAACUAGCCUAUGGAGGUUGUGUGCCCAGGAUGAACUGCUUUUGCAGAGUCCUGUUUUCUGGGAAA